AUGAGUUACCUCAGCCGCAGACACUCGGCUUUGAAGUAUGACUGAGACAGAGUUAUACACGCUGUACAAGGGGGUCUAUAUGCCCUCACGUCUGCACCCUCCACAGAGCCUGAAAUACUACGAGGAGUUUUCUUUCCGCCCGGAUGAUGUCAUCAUUGCAACAUAUCCCAAGUCAGGUACAGUUUGGACACAGGAGAUUGUCCCUCUUAUCAUGAGCGGAGGAGAUCCAGCUUCUGUUGAGACUCUUCCUAACUGGAAGCGUGUUCCCUGGCUGGAGGUGUAUCAGGACUCCGACCUUGAACAGAGGCCAUCUCCACGCAUGUUCUCUACACACUUCCAAUACAAUAUGAUGCCACGAUCAUUCUUUGAAAUAAAGCCAAAGGUCAUCUACGUCAUGAGGAACCCCAAAGAUGUCUUUACGUCUUCCUUUCACUAUCAUGGGAUUACAAACUUCCUGGUAAAGCCAGGCCCACAGAGCGAGUUCCUCCACAAGUUCCUGGAUGGAAAAGUUAUGUUUGGCUCAUGGUUUGAUCAUGUGAAGAGCUGGCUGAAUGCUGAGGAUAAAGAGCACAUAAUGUACAUCUCCUAUGAAGAGCUGAUUAUGGACCUGAAGGACUCUGUGGUCAGAAUCUCUCAGUUCUUGGAGAAAUCUCUGGAUGCUGAGGUGAUUGAGAAGAUCGCAGACCGAUGUUUGUUCAAGAACAUGAAGCAGAACAAAAUGUCAAACUGCUCUUUAGUUCCUCAUGAAUUCAUGGACCAGACAAAGUCGGAAUUUCUCAGGAAAGGAAUUGCCGGAGACUGGAAAAACCAACUGACAGUGGCAGAAGCAGAGUACUUUGAUGCAGUUUACAAAGACAAAAUGAAAGAUGUCAAAUAUAAAUUUGUAUGGGAUUAAAAUAAACUCAAUGAAAGUCAUUCCAACAUACCAUGAUCUACAGAAAUAUAUGACAAUAAUACAGUUCUGAGUCUUCUAAAUUGUUCUGUUUGGUUCAUGAGCUUUGUGGAAGCAGAAGAGAUCAUCUACUAUAUAAGAUUAACGACUGUCUUUCAAGUUUUAUCCUUCCCAUAGAUACCAGGAGAAUGUAACAAUAUAAAUAUUGUAAUCACCUUCUGUAUUAUGUUGGAAAAACACAAACAGUAUAAAAUAUUGAAAGUACAUUAAAACAAUAAAUUCUAUAUGUAUAACA